AUGCCCGGCGCGGCCUGCGCCCCGGACGAGUUCACGCACUGCGCGCUCAUCGGAGCACUGGGCGCCGCCGCCGAGCCAGACGAGGCGGAGCGGCACCUGCGCGCCGUGCUGCGCGGCGCGUUCCCGGCGGCCGUGAGUCCCCGCAGCCGACAGGUCGCCUUCCACGCGGCGAUGAAGGCGCGGGCCAGGACCGGCGACCACGCGCGAACGAGGGAGCUGUUGGCGCUCAUGGAGCUGUCGGGCGUCGAGCCGAACCUGUUGCACUUCAACGCCCUGCUGACCUCGUGCGCCCCGCUCGCACUCGCGGGGCACGCGCGGGACGUGUUCGGCGAGAUGUUGGCGCGCCGCAUCACUCCUGAUAUCGCCAGCUGGACGGUGCUCGUGAGCUGCCACAGGCGAGAGUACCAGCGGUGCGCGGAGAUCGUAUCCCAGAUGCGGAGCAGCAGCGUGGAGCCCGGCGCCCGCGCCCUCGGCGAGCUGCGCCGGGCGGCCUUGCUGGCCGGGGCGCCGCCCAGGGCGCGCGCGCCGCGCGGGCCGGGCGGCGCCGCGGCGCCGGGCGGCUGA